AUGAGUGUAAACUCAUUUACCGGGUUUCUUCCUAUCACACUCUGUUCCUUGAAAAACCUCGAGUACCUUAGCUUGUACACGAAUAAUCUGAUGAUUGAUGCUUAUACUCCACAAGCAGCAAGCAUUCUAUCUUGCUUGCUUAAUCUUAGAAAUUUGACUGAAUUAUUGUUGGCAGAUAAUCCACUAAACACCACGAUUCCAGCUUCUCGUGGGAAUAUCUCUACGACACUCCUAACUGUUGAUUUAAGCAUUUCCAACAUCAGGGGCAACAUUCCCGUUGAUAUUGCCAAUUUGAGCAGCUUGAUAACAUUAGACAUAGGAAACAAUCAGUUGAGUGGAGCAAUUCCAACUUUAAUACAAAGGCUACAGAAUCUCCAAGCUUUGUAUUUUAAUGAUAAUGUUCUGCGAGGACAGAUCCCGUAUGGACUCUGUCAACUAAACAACCUAGCCGAGUUAGAUUUGGGUGGUAAUCGGCUCUCUGGUUCUAUUCCCUCCUGCUUGGCAAAGUUUUUGAAUUUCUCAUUUUUCAGACACCAAAUUCCAUUUGAAAAGAGUAGGUUGGUUAAAUACAGGUUUUUCAUAGGAACUACAAGAAAAUAUGCCCGCGCGUUGCUGCGGGAACAUGUUGUUUCAGGUGUAAUCGGAUGA